UACUAUGGACCGGGCGAAGGCGGGCACGGCAGCCCGUCGUCCUACGUCAGAAGCGGCUUUGUUAUUUAAACCUGAAUCAAGCGAGGAGGAAAGUUUUCAGAGCCGGGGCAGCGUUGCCUAGCAGCUAGGCAUAGGACUGUGUCUUUUUGGCAAUCAUGACCCAGACCGUGACACUGAAGGGACCCUCACCGUGGGGUUUUCGGCUGGUUGGAGGACGGGAUUUCAGCACCCCGUUAACUGUCUCCAGGGUGACACCUGGCAGCAAGGCAGCCCAAGGUGACCUGUGUCCAGGCGACACCAUUCUGGCUAUCAACGGUGACGCGACAGAACACCUGACUCACAUGGAGGCUCAGAACAAGAUCAAAACCUGCACUCAGCAGCUUACGCUCAGCAUCAGCAGAUCAGGAUCGGGAGACAGAGUGUGGUCACCAACAGUUAGUGAAGAUGGCAAGACAAGCCCUUACAUGGAGCCCGACUCACAGAAUUUUCGUCCGAUCACCAGCGGAUAUGCCAGUUACACCCGUAAACCUUCAUAUACCGCUGAACCCCAGUCACCUCAGGUUCCUCAGCCCGCUAACCUGAAUAACGGACACUCCAGACCCAACAACGGACACAGCUAUGGGUAUGGCAAUGGAACCGGGCACUCUCAGUACAACAACCCUGCAGGACUAUAUGCUCACAAUGGAAGCAAUGGGGACAGAUCACUGCCAAGCAAGAUGGGAGGUCUCAGCAUCAGUGCCACACACAGCCCAGAGCCUCCAGUACAGUCUCCUGUGAGCCGUAACGGAUUUGACACGGAGUCAGACGUCUACAAGAUGCUGCAGGACUAUGAGGAACCUGUCUCAGAACCCAAACAGUCUGGCUCCUUCAAAUACCUCCAGGGAAUCCUGGAGGCUGAGGAUGGAGGUGUGUCACCAACGGAGAGAAUGAGAAACUUAAAGUCUCCCGUCAGAUCUCCAAUCCCCAAGUUGGGAAGCCCCAUCCCCAGCCCUAUGUCUGGUCUUCAGAAACUACCCCAGUGCACACGGUGCUGUAACGGUAUUGUUGGCACCAUCGUGAAGGCCCGGGACAAGCUCUACCAUCCUGACUGCUUCAUGUGCGACGACUGCGGCAUCAACCUAAAGCAGAGAGGCUACUUCUUUAUCGAAGACAAUCUGUACUGCGAGACUCACGCAAAGGCCCGCGUCCAGCCUCCCGAGGGCUACGAUGUUGUUGCUGUGUACCCCAACUCCAAGGUGGAGCUGGUCUGAGAUAAAAGAGGGGGGGGCUAUACUGUAAUACAACUGGUAAACCAAAAUAUUGUAGAAUGCGGCUACUGAGUUUACUCGCCUAAACUAAUCAGGGUCUGUCAAGCAGGAAUGCUUAUCUUGGGUCAGUUUUGACUUUAGGAGAGUGAAAUUUGCAAUUGAGUGAUCCCAGAUCAGUGCUUCCACACUGACAGACUUGAUGAAUGCUUUUUAUAUUGAGCAUAUCGAAAUCUGUUGACAGAAUACAGCUUUGGUAAGAUAAGCAUCGCAAAUCUCCAGACUAUUAAAAGGUUAGCGUUGUAUGUUAUAGUAUUUAAACUGGCAGCCCUAAGCUCGAAACCAGUGUUUUACAGGAAAAAUGCAUAUGCAUAUUCACAUUGGACUCACAGUAGCAGAAUAUUCAAUGCAAUGCUGUAGGCAAUAAGAUGCGUACACAUGGCAAAACUCAUAAGAAAACAGAUAUGACUACUCUUGCUUUUUUACUGAUCAGGUUAUUACAAACGUAAUCUCCCACUUAAGCCUUACACUAACUUUAAGACACCAUGUGCAUUAUCACAAAAUAUUUUUGAGCUGAUUUGCUGGGAUGUGAUGUGAUGAGCUGUGCCGAGGAUGUGGUUAUUAGCUUCGAGGACUAAUUUUCACAGUUCUCUUCUCACCACAUAAUAUUCCAAGUCCUGUAAGGUAUUCUGAUAUAUUGUUCAAGUCCUGGUUAUGGGUUAAAAGGCAUUUUUUCCUUCGCUAUAAUUUAAUAAUAUACUUAUUUUUGGAUGGAUUUUAGCAUUUCUAACUCACAUUUAUGCAAUUUACCUUUUCUGUUGCAAAACCGGGGAACAUUUCUGUUUAGUUUCCACUUUUUUCUUCUGCUCACUUGUCAGUUAUGCAAACAAAAUAAGCAAUAGUUCACUUGAAGCAUAUCUCUAACAAUGUCUGGAAUGUGUCAGUAUGUUUUGGUGACUGGGUUUGCUGAACCUCUGCUUGUAAUAAAUGCCUCCGUUUGCAGCUAUGCAAGCACCACCUUCUGAAAGGUAAACAAAUCCCUGCUGGAAACAUCCUGAAAACUCUGUGAGAAACUCUAGAACUUGUUGGGAGUCAACUUCAAAAAAUGAUUCCCCCCAGAUGUGAAGAAAUGCAAAUUAAAUGCUAAAGUAAAUUAGUUGAAUGCAGUGCAUCCAUUUGGACAUUUUAAGCGGGUGUGAUGCACAUCUGCGAAUACAGUGUAGGUAGGUGGUGCUUCUGGCUUAUGCACCUGACUGCGAGAGGAAUUUCACUUCUCACACUGAAGAAUUCCUGUUCACAAGAGCACAGAGUUCACUGGGCGCUGAGCCUUCAGGUUGACAUCAGAAUUCUCUCCACCUCUCAUGACAGCUUUUAAAAACGAUUGUGUGCAUUUGAGACUGGAGACAUAGCCACAGAAAUCUGUUAGGACCGUGUAAACUGGGACUUCACAACCUACAACAUGUGGGAGCAAUACUCACUUUAUUUCUUUCUUCGUUUUUUUGUGACCCCACUACAUACUGUAAAUUCUUACAGUUACUUUUUGGAAGAGAGCAAAAGACAGAAGUUCCCGCAGUGGCUUCAGAUUUCUACAGCCAAGCCCUUAAGGCUAAUGAAAUAUAUUUCUACAUUUCCUCAGAGAAAAGGGGGGAAAUAAAUUUAGGGACUGAGGUAGGGUGAGAAAGAGAAAUGAGGGGACGACAUAUAUUUUGUUUUUUUGACAGAAAAACGUUCUGUAAGAAACGUGUAGCAAUCAGUCUUAGCUUAUUGUGAAAUAAUGUAAUGUGUGGUGGAGUCAACGUGGUGCAGAGGAGCGAUGAUGUCCUUAAUUUUAGAAAUAUUGCUAACAAAAAUACUUCUGUAAUUUGAAAUGGGAAUAAAUUUUUGCAUUGCUGAUUUCCAUUCUGUUUUCCAGAUAGUAGCAGUGAUGUUUAGCUGCUGGUAUCUACCCAAGCCAGUUACGUGUAAAUUAUUUGAAAAAUAUAUUGCUACCACAUUGUGUCUUUGGUAUUGUACAUAUUUGUUUCAUUGUGAUUGCUUUAACACACAGUAUAGAUCAUGUCACUUGCGUGCCUUCGCAAACCCUGUGUCUAGUCUUUAAAUAAUUUCCGAGACACAAAUCCUCUCCUUGUAUUUAACUUAUUGUUCUACCAACACAUGUUUUUGUUCUGGAUCUUCUUAUUUGCUCUUUUUUUUCUAGGUUCUAAAUAAAAUGAAAAGUGCUUUAU